AUAGUCAUGGAUCCAUUCACAGCGGUCGGUCUGGCUGGAAACAUUGUCCAGUUCGUCGACUUCGCCUGUAAACUAUUCUCCGAAGCACGUGAGCUCAAAACAUCGGUAACGGGGCAGUCAACCGCUCAGCUGGAGCUGGAAACUACCUGUAACUACCUCAACACAUUCACCAGACAGCUGUCUACUUCGCAUUUCGACUCGAACCCUCGAAACCUCACCUCUGGCGAGAAGGCCAUUGUGGAUCUUGCUACAUCUUGCAAGUCUACAGCGGACGAACUAUUAGCUUUGUUGCAGAAGUUACAGGUGAAGCAAAAUGCCAAUCACCGGUCAUACCAGAGCUUUCUCCAAGCGGCACGGGGCGUGUGGAAGAAGAGCAAGAUUGAAGAAUUGCAGAGAAAUCUGGACAGCCACCGUCGAGAUCUGACCCUAGGUCUCGCAUAUAGUUUGGGAGAUCGACAAUCGACAAUAAACAUCCAGCUUCGGGCCUUAAGAGAGGCCAACAUGCGUAUGGAACUCAAUCAAACACAGAUGCUAGACCGGCUUUCGAAAGAAACAAGCGAUAUAGCCGUGGACGCAACGCAAGCUCAAGCUUCAUUGGCGCGAGAAGGAUCAGCCAUCAAGGCCGAAGACCUAAAAGCCAUCGGAGACGCCCUUACAAGUUUGGUCGCCGAAGGCCGAUACCUGACCAAGUCCCAAAAGGUCUUAUCCAGCUUAUACUUCAAAUCCAUGAAGACACGCCAUUCCAACGUUGCCUCAGCACAUGCGCAAACAUUCGACUGGGUCUUCCGACCGCCGUCGCAAAAGUCCCGGCAUUCCCGUCCCCCAGUCCACUUUCUUGACUGGCUCACACACAAGAAUGGCAUAUUCUGGGUGUCGGGUAAGCCGGGGUCGGGGAAAUCGACGCUGAUGAAGCACAUUUGCGGGCACCGGCGGACGCGUCAGACGCUCAAGUUGUGGGCGAAGGGCGAGCGCUGCAUUACUGCCAAGUACUUUUUCUGGAGUGCUGGGAGCACCAUGCAGAAAUCGCUUAAAGGAUUGUUACAGUCGCUGCUGUUCGAUAUAUUCAAGCAGUGUCCAGAAGUCAUCUCAGUUGCUUGUCCCGAGAAUGGGACAUCGUGGGAAGCCCAGAUGAAGGAGGAUGAGUCUUGGGACUUUUCCGAUCUGUCGAAUAUGGUGCGACGGAUUACUCACUGCAAAGAGAUGGCUGCUAAGUUUUGCUUCUUUAUCGAUGGACUGGAUGAGUAUGAUGGUCGGCACUUUGAUGUCAUCAAAGUACUGGAUAAUUUGGCGAAGUCGCCAAAUAUCAAAAUCUGCGUCUCGAGUCGGCCUUGGAAUAUCUUUGAAGAUGCUUACGGUCAUGAUGUAACGAGAAAGCUAUAUCUGCAGGAUCUUACUCGCCAGGAUAUCAAAGUCUAUGUCAAACACCGCUUUGAUGAGUACUUUGCGCAAUUACUUCCCACCUCUCAGGAUAAACGCUUCAAGGAGCUGCUAGAAGAGAUUACGAAUAAAGCACAGGGAGUAUUUCUCUGGGUACUGCUCGUUGUCAACUCACUGCUGGAGGGACUUACCAACGGCGAUUCGAUAGCGCUUCUCUUCUCACGACUGCGGCGACUGCCCACCGACUUGGAAGCCUUCUUCGGACACAUG